CAACCGCCUCAGCAAUUCCAGCAGCAGCAACAACCGCCUCAGCAAUUCCAGCAUCAGCAGCAACCGCCUCAGCAAUUCCAGCAACCACAACAACCACCUCAACAAUUCCAGCAACAGCAGCAACCGCCACCUCAACAAUUCCAGCAACAGCAGCAACCACCACCUCAACAGUUUCAGCAGCAACAAAUCCAGGUUCCACUUCCUGAUCUUCAGCAACAGAGACCUCCCCCGAACUUUCAACAGCCGCCUGCUAACUCUCAGGCUCCGUCCACUCUUUCUUCAGGCCAGAUGCCCCCGAUGUCCGAGGAACAGCGUCGCCGGAUGAUGGAAAUGCGUGACCACCUCAGGCAAAUGCGUCUAGACCUAGAGAAGAAGGGGUCCCGCCGAGUUAUGGAGUUCGAAAAUGAAGAUGACUAUCCUGGAAUGCCCAACAGCCCUAUAGAAAGCAUCGAAAAACGGGGCCCUGGAAAGCGCUUAAAGAAAGAUAAACCAAAACAAAGCGAUGAAACCCUGGAGCUUGACUCAGUUUUUUUGCAGCCUUCGGUCGAUCACGAUGGCAAAGUGAUUCCGUCCCACAUGCUCACCAAGAACCAGGACGCUGUCGGUAUCACUGUGGCUGUUAGGCCCGGAACAAAGGACUGUUUCUUUUACACUCCUAUAGCCGAUUUCGAAGUCAACUACCAAUUUGAUAUAUCAGCGAUCCCAGCCGAGGCUUUAGAAUAA